GCGGCGGCCACGGUUAGGAGAGCAGCGAAUAGAACCAACUUCAUCAUCUUGGCCUGAAAAGAGAUGUAGUCUGCGGACUUUAGGAGAAGGACUCGGAUCUUGACGGACGACGUAGUCUGUCAAAACUUAACCAAGGCAGCUAUUUUAUAACGUGAGAGCACUGGAGCUAUCUUGAUGGAGGGGUGUAUCGUUAAAUAACGCCUAAGCCAAAGUAAAGCAAAGGACGCAUUGAAUCAGCUAAUGCAUGUCGGUAUAAAAAGAUUGACUUGGUCCAGUUUUGACAGACUUCGACUUCAACCAAGCUCCAAGUCACAUUUCAACAGUAGGCAGACGACAGUUCUUUCCGCCAAGAUGAUGAAGCUGAUUCUACUCGCUGCUCUCGUGGCCGUGACAGCCGCCAAUUGGUGGGACUCUGGGAGUAAAAGGACUCACUAUGGAUAUCAACCCGGCGGAUAUGGAAAUGGCUACAGCAGCUACAUGAAUUAUGACCAUGGGUACGGAUAUGGCGGCUAUGGAUACAAAGGUGCUGGAUACGGAAAGCCUCAAUACGGAGGAAAGAAGGGAUCAUAUACCCCAUGGCAAUAUUAGUGAAACAGAUGCUGCGGAUAACCUUUAUUCUGCAGUGUGCACAGCCGGAUAUGACGACAUCCACCACGUGACCCAUACCAAACAGAUCCUUGCUCAUAUCAUUCUAAAUAUCUUUACUGCUUUUGCCCAUAAAUAGACCGGUGCAAUUUGGAAACAUAUUCUGUAUUACAUGUAUGAAAUUUUUCAACGCUUAUGCAAUAAAAUAUGUGAUGAAGAUGUCA